UGCCGCGCUCGCCCCGGCCACGGCGCCGCCCUGCUCGCCGGCCCCUCUACCUCGGGGCAGACGGACUGGCCAGCACCGCCGGCUCCGGGAUGGGCGCGCUGACGGAACCAUACCUGGCAAAUAGUAGAUUGACAGCAAGUAUUCAUUGCCUUGAAAGAUGUGCUUGAUAUUAAUACGGCCAAAGGAGAAACACAAUCAUAUUCUGAAGUCUCAGGAAGCUGGUGCGGUUAAAUGUGCAUGGCCCAUGAGAAAGGCGUAUAGGAAACCAUGGCACUCCCCUUUCAAAAAGACCUGGAGAAAUACAAGAACAUUGAUGAAGAUGAGCUUCUUGGCAAACUCUCAGAAGACGAACUGAAACAGUUGGAAAAUGUUCUUGAUGACCUAGAUCCCGAGAGCUCACUGCUGCCAGCUGGAUUUCGACAGAAAGACCAGACACAGAAAGCAGCCACCGGCCCGUUUGACCGCGAGCACCUCCUCAUGUACCUGGAGAAGGAGGCUUUAGAACAGGAAGACAGGGAAGACUUUGUGCCCUUCACUGGAGAAAAGAAAGGGAGAGUCUUUAUCCCCAAAGAAAAGCCCAUAGAAACUCGUAAAGAAGAAAAAGUGACCCUUGACCCAGAACUGGAAGAAGCUUUGGCCAGCGCCUCCGACACUGAACUCUACGAUCUUGCAGCUGUUCUUGGAGUACACAAUUUGCUCAACAAUCCCAAGUUUGAUGAAGAAACAGCCAGCACGAAAGGCGGCAAAGGGCCUGUGAGAAAUGUGGUCAAAGGUGAAAAGGUCAAGCCAGUAUUUGAGGAACCACCCAAUCCCACAAAUGUGGAAGUAAGUCUGCAGCAGAUGAAAGCCAAUGACCCCAGCCUGCAAGAAGUCAACCUCAACAACAUUAAGAACAUUCCAAUUCCAACCCUGAAGGAAUUUGCAAAGGCUCUGGAGACCAAUACUCACGUGAAAAAGUUCAGCCUGGCCGCAACCCGCAGCAAUGACCCCGUGGCGAUUGCUUUUGCAGAUAUGCUAAAAGUAAACAAGACCUUGAAAAGUCUAAACAUAGAAUCCAAUUUUAUCACUGGUACUGGGAUCCUGGCCCUUGUAGAGGCACUCAAAGAAAAUGACACCUUGACAGAGAUCAAGAUCGACAACCAGAGGCAGCAGUUGGGAACAGCCGUAGAGAUGGAAAUUGCCCAGAUGCUCGAGGAGAAUUCAAGGAUCCUCAAGUUUGGAUAUCAGUUUACCAAGCAAGGACCACGUACAAGAGUGGCAGCUGCCAUCACAAAGAAUAAUGACCUGGUUCGUAAAAAGCGAGUUGAAGGAGACCGAAGAUAAACUUCCACAAGAAGAGGAAGUUUCACCAUGGUGGCAAUUUCAAAACAAAAGCUCUUCUCCUUCUCCAUUGGGACCAUUUUAUCAAAGGUUGUUCAUUUCCGUUAACCACACAACUAAUAAUUUAAUUGUUAUUCUUUUUUAGCACUACGUAUUUGUCUUGGAUUUUUAAACGUAUACAAUUGUUUUAUUUGCUCGUGGGCACCUCUGGCAACUUGCACCAAUGGACUUAUGCAGAUCUUAGUGGGUGACAACAAUUGAAAAUGGUUUAGUGACUUUCAUAUUAGGUGGUCUUGCUUUCUUACAUGAACUUUUUUUUUUAACCAUUGAAAGGAACUUAGUAUAUAAAUGUGUUUGUAACUGUGAUUAAGAUAGAGGCCUAUCUCUGUUUACAUGCAUAGCUUUGAGUUAGGCUAAAUACGUCAGAAGUGUUCUGCUGACCACAUAAGAAGUUAGUAUUGCCAAUCUUUCACUGGGUGAAAAAAUGUGACCAACUUAACACAAAUUCUCCCUUAGUUCCAGAAAAAUCACUAAAUGCACAUGCCCUACUGGUUGAAGAUCAGUGGUAUCAUCUUCAUAAAAAGAAGACAGCAUUAUGAUACAUAAGCAUAGCUUUAGCAAAUAGGUAUGAAAUAUUCUUUCACCCACAAAAAUAGCUUCAAACCAGACUCACAAGUAGCAAAAUGAAUUAGCAUGCCUACUUUUACUGAUUAUUCCACGUAAAUUCGAUCUUUAACAUCACUCUAUGGAUAACUUUUUACAAAGAUGUUUUAAAGUUUUCCAGCCAUGAUGGCAAAUUUUUAAAUUUUAGCAAGAGGGAAGCUUUUAAAAUAGUACAUUCCUAAAAAAAACAAUAAUAAUCGCACCUUAAGGUUUUCUGUUACACAUGAUUGCAUUAUUUUGGCAAAUUUUAGAAGCAUUUAUUGCUUUGUCUUUAGGGCAACAAGAUCACAGGAUGAAAUGUGAACAUUCAAGUUAAUUAUACAGAUUUUGUCCACAUGGCAUGAUCCAUCCAGACAUUUUCAAACAUCAGGAAAAAAUAUGAAUUAUCGUUUAUCCAGAUGUUUGUCAUCCCAAGGACAAAGCCUGUGAAAGUACGACUGAGAUGAUUGCAUGGUAGAUGCAUGAAUCUUUUCAUCUAGCAGUGCACCGGUGCGAUAUUAAGCUAAGGAAACAUGUGACUGCAGCCUUUGGCACCAGCUCACAGGUCGUUGGUAACUGUCAGUGCCUGAGGCUGGACUUGGUGACCCUCUGACACUGCCUUAGGCACCUCUGCCUCCCUUCCCCACCUCCUUUCCUUCCAACUCAUUCUCUUUUUUCUUCUUUUCCUUAUAAUUCUGAGCCUUGUAAAGGUGACAUCCUUUGUCCUGGUGACAACUGGAUCUAAAGAAGUUGCUGACUCAGGCAGAAGGUGGGCCCAAUCCAGAAUUUACUAAGUAAUUGAGUGUUCCUGAGUUGCUUGAUAGCAGUAAAACAAAUAAAUGAAAAAACAAUUCAUAUAUUAUUCUAGUUAGUUUAUAAAGCACGUGGAAACUGUUUAGGAUGGAAAGCCCUUAUAAAAUUGAACAUUUACCUGUAUUAUAAGUGCCCACAUCUCUAUCUCUAAAAUCCUUUGGAAAAGAAAAUAGAAGAAAACAAAAUAAAAUCCUUUGAGACAUAAGAAUAUUUUAUACUUUUUGAGGGAAUAAUGAGCAGAGCAUGUUGAAUUUUGGAAACGCUAAAAAUCCUUUAACUUUCUACUGCAUCUCCCUAUCUAUCUAUCUAUCUAUCUCUGUAGCAACUACUAUUGGACAGUUUUCAGUCUGAUUUUUUCUUUCCCUCUUACUCAUUUAGGUGUGGUAUGUUAGAGCCAACUCACAGGCUUACUCAUUAUUAAAUUAUCAAGAAUUUUGUAAACUGGUUGUUAAACACAACCAUUAUUAAAAAGUAAAUGACAUGCACUUACAAUUAAAUAAAUUAUAUUAAAAAACAAAAGUAAUACUCAAAAAUACACUUUACUAUUUUUCAUACUCUUGAGAUUAUUUGCACUUAUUGUGUCUGUAUGGCAGAAAUACUAUAUCAUGGUGUGCUCUUAUACAUCUCUGCCCAGCUCAGUAGUUCUUCCCAACUCAGUAGUUCUUCCCAACUCAGAAGUUCAGUACUUCUUGUUGGUAGUUUGAAAUUGGCCAUGGUGGGAGUAUUUAUACCAUGGAAAUUAGCAAAUGUUACAAAUCAGGGCUUUCACCCCAUCUCCCCUACCUCCAGUUUGCUGGUUAAUAAACAUUCAGCAGCACACCACUGGGUAAAAUGUAUACAGUUCUUCUCCUUCUUCUUCCUCUUCUUCCUCUCCCUCUCCCUUUCUCUCUCCCCCUCCCUCUCCCUCUUCUUCUUCUUCUUUUUGUAUACAUGUUUUGGUUACCAUGUUGCCAGGGAAGACACAUCUCUUAGUUGUCUUUCUCCUAUCCCUUUAGAUUUGUUGCAAAUAUGUUUAAGUGCAGAGUCACUGACAUGCCCCUCUAAGUAAGGCUUUUUCCUUUCUUUUCUCAUUUACUCUCUUUCUUGCCUUCACCCCUAAGAAAUCUUGGAUCCUACGGAGUGUUCCCUGCAGCCCCAAGGUGCUGUGGACUGGGGGCUAAAGCAAUUCUUGGCAAACCCUGGCAGAAAGCAAGAAAAAAAAUCAGGACUUGAUAGUGACUGUGCUGCAGUUGUCGAUAGUAUUAAAGCAAGAUAAUGGGAUAUUGUCAAAAUUUAGCACUGUUUUUAGCUUAUAAAAUAGUUGGGUCACAUGUAUAUAGAGUCUAUUAAAUCAAAUAUUUAUUGUUAAUCAGUUUAUCUUAUCAUUACCUGUGUUUUUGUAGUAGCUCGAAAGGUGACAUUUCCAUGAGUAUUCAUAUAACUAUUAGAAGAUAAACUUACAUUUGGGGGAGCCUAUAAAUCAUUUAAUUAGCCUAGGACUUCAUUUCCCUGUCUGCCAAGUGUGUGUAAGUAGAAGCUCUUUCGUGAUCCUGAGCAUGAUUAAUCCCUUACCAUCCAUCAUGGUGGGGCAUAAUGUAUAUAAAAUAUUUUUAUAUGUAUGCAUUUUGCCAAAUAUUAUAUCGAGAUAUUUGGCAACAUCUGGACAAUUGAUUGAAAGGAGAUCAUCUCUCCCCAGACCAUCUUCUUUCCCCUUUUAGACUUGUACAGGCCCACCCUAAGUGUAAAAUCACUCACCUGGACUUGCAGGCUCCUAUCACCAACACCCAUCACAGCAUAUGUGGAAGAUGACUUUUAGGAGAUACAUUUUGGAAGUCUAGAGAGAUCAUAUAAUUAGUUUAGCACUACAUCUCCCCAUCUGCCAGAAGUGUAUAAAGGAAACUUUUAUCCUCAUCAGCAUGAUUAAAUCCCUUCCUUUCAUCUCGGUAGGGCAUAAUGUAAAUACGCGCGCACGCGUGUGGGUGCGUGUGUGUAUGUUGCCAAAUAUCCAAAUAUCUAACUGGGUAUUUGACUGCAUCUGGACCACUGAUUGAAGGGAGGUACUCUCUCCCCAGACCCAUUUCCCUUGUCCUUUUUAGAGUUGCUUCAGGCCCAGGUGAAAUGUGAAAUCACUCCCUAGAGUUUGUGGCUUAUGUCACCAACCACCAAAUUUCACAGCAUGUAUGGAAGAUAACUCUUAGGGAAUGAAUAUCAGAAGCCUGGAAAUCAUUUCAUUGUUCCAGCACCAAAUCUCUCCAUAUGCCUAAAGUGUAUGGGUGAAAGCACUUUCAUCUUCAUCCACAUGAUUAAGCCCCUUCCUUCCAUCUUUGUAGGAUAUAUUGUAUAUAAAUAUUUUGUACAUAAAGAUCGCCAAAUACUGUAAGGAGGUGUUUGGCCAAAGCUGGACUCCUGAUUGAAGGGAGAUGCUGUCUCCCAGUCCCUCUCCCCUUUCCUUCUCAGAGUUGCUGCGGGCCUAGGUUAGGUAGAGAAUCACUAACCUGGAGGGGCUCAUGCAACUCACCCAUCUUAGAGCACGCAGUUCAUCUUACAAUAAAAGCCCAUCUCCAUUUAAAAACUGAGAAAGCAUCCCAAUGCCUAUACUCCUCAAAACAAUUUCCCUAAGGGAAGCCUGGCACAUCAAACCAAAAGAACAGCUGCUUCUCUUCCAGACAGAAAUGUGGCCCCUGGCAGGUCACCAGCAUUAGGGAAACCAGUGUGUUCUGAAUAACUACCAUGAGACUAUUUCAGACAGUCAAACUUGAAACCAGUUUAAGCAUCAACAUGUUUUAAAUGUAAGAUAGCCCUUUAAAAUUUACAAAAGAGUUUGGGGGUAUUUUCCUUUUUUGUGGGCGUGAUGUACUUAGCCCUCUUCUAGGCACUGUGAAGGAGACAGGAAGUGAAAGAACUCUGGAUUAAUAUAAUUUGAUCUGUGUUUCUGGGUUUUGGGGUAGAGUGCCUUAUUGAAAAGUGGAUACCAUCUUUAGCUCAAGUAUUGAUUGCAUAAGCAAAAACGGGCAGGGGGCAGUAAGCUGUGGAUACUUUGUUCUGUGCUAUGUUACCUGUACUCAGUGGAACUGUUUCUGGAGUUGGGUUUUAAGUCAUGAUUCUGAAGCUUCCUUCCUCUCUUCCAUUAAUGAAGCAAUGACGGCUAUUUUCAUUUUAAUGAAUAGAGAACUAAGAAGAAAUAUUUUAGCUCUGCCUUCCAGUAGCAGUUUCCCCUUAUUGCUCCUCAUUUAAAAUAUCCCCACCACUCACCAUGCCAUCCUCAAUGCUCAAGGAUUGAGACACAUGCAAAGGAGAAGUGUGAGAAUGCUUGGGAGCAUCAGGUGAGCCCUCUGGAUGAAAAUCACAUGAUCGGGCCCCCUGGUAACAAGCUGGAGAGAGAAAAGUACCCAGAACCUUAAGGAUGUAUUCAUUGUUCUUGCUCCCAACUCUAGGUCAGAUUGAAUUUUGUUUUGUGGUUCAGGAGUUUAGUAGAGUGGAGGGGCUAAGUGCUGUGGGAAAGGAAGAUGGAAAUUAAAGGUUUUAAUUUGCUUAAGGGUAGGAGUAAGCUCUGCUCAGCUUACCUCUUUCCCAUCUGCCCCUAACAGCUAUAAUUAAACAUUCAGUAGAUGGAUGGAGGAGUUGCAAGGUUUGAAUUUAUAACCUGCCUCUGGGUACUAUUCUAGGAAGGUUGUACAUGUACCAGAGGUUAUCCCAGUUUUGUGAUGCAUCAUUGACUUGGGAGAGGGUGAAGGAGACUAGACUUUUCUCUGACAUCUUCCAUGGUAGUCAUUCUGAGCACAUUGGCUCUGCUAGUUGGUAUGGUGGAAGGACACCAUACUAACAGGUUUGGAGGCUGACUCCUAAUCCCAUCACCAACACUUAGCAGGUAUAUGAUCAUGGGCAAUUCAUUCAAUUGCCUGACAAUUAUAGACUAUAUAGGGGGAAGAGCACUGGAUUUGGAGUCAAGAAACUUGGACACUUGGCUCCAUACUUUCUUAGCUGGGAGACUUUGGGGCAACCACUUAGUCUCUCAAGCCUUAGGUUCUUCAGCUAUACUAUAAUGGGAAUAAACUUCACUAACUACCUCACAGACUUGUGGUGAGAAUAUAAUCAGAUAAUGGGAUGAAAACACUAUACUGGAAAGGGCUAUACAAAAGUGGGAGAUCAUUUUUAUUAUCUAUUCACUAACGUUUUCCACUGCCUCUUGAAUCCAUUUUAUUUUCUUCUAACCAACAAUUACAUCUCUCACAUCUUUUUGAAUAUGAGGAAUUAAAACAUGGGUAUGAUGUAGGGGACUGGAAUUAUUUUACUUUCAACAUAGAGGUGGGAGAAGUGUUUGAUGGGCGCAGUGGGUGUUAGAUAUACCAGUGAAGUAUGUGGGUGGGCAUUUUCCUGGGCCACUUUGACAGUACCCUGGGAUGUGAUCAGGACCCUUGCAGAGACACUAAGGGGAGAGCAAACAGUGAUUAAGAGUUGAGAGGAGGGUCUGGCGCACUGCUGCCCUCCUGUCAGCUUUGUCACUACUCAGGGGGUGGGGUAGGCUAAGAUUUGAGGUGUGAUUGGAGGCCUAGGAAAGAAGACUGUCCUUAGGGCCCCAACAGCUGUGUAACAGGCUCGAGCCCUGAUGGUGAAGGGGAGAAAGUGUUACUUGUGAGAUCAGCUCUCCUGGGCAUCAGCUGCUUUGUUAUCACCAGCAACCUUAGUCCUGGUCAGUAUUAUUUUCUGCUAAGAAAGAUAUUGAAACAUAGCCUCAAGGAACUUUCAUAAGUACUGGGAAGCAGGGACUGUCUCAUCAAUCUUUGCAUCUUCAGUAACAUCUAGUAAGGUGCCUUGUAUAUAAUAGGUGCUUAAUAAAUGUUGCUUGAAUUGAAUUAUCCUCCAGCCCCACAAGAAUUAUGCUCAAUUUUCCACCAAGUGAUAUCUUUGGAAAAUUGUACUGAUUUGUAUGUCAGCUAUGUGUGACUUUGGGCAGGUCUUUCCAUCUAUCUUGUCUUCAUUUCAUUUGUAAAAUGAAGUGAGUUAGAUGCUCUCUAAGGUCCCUUCCAGCUCCCGAAUGUUACAAUCCUGUGAUUCUAAAUGUUUCCAUUGCCUCUGAACUUGGGUGCGGGUGCGCAAUGCCUCCCUUGUGGCUCCAUCUCUCCUCCAUAGGCUUUGUUCAAAGGAAGAGGUCUGAACAUUCCACAGAGUUAUUUGUUCCUCUGCAGCGGUUUUUACUGUUUUCAGAAUAGUUCUGGAGGAGCAGCCUUUUUGACAUUUUAAAAUGUAUGGUAUUUUCUCCUUGUAUUUUAUUUCUCAUGGUGGAGAAAGAGAGGAGGAAAUGCAAAGAAAGAAACUGAGCACAGUAAACAUGGCAUGUUUUUCAUAGGUUUUUAUUUAGGAAGAGAGAGAGAGAGAGAGAGAGACUGUGUGUGUGUGUGUGUGUGUGUGUGUGUGUCUGACUGAGCACAUAUUGACUGGAUAACAGAGAGAAGCCAAUCAGAAUCAGAAGUACACUGUGUGAUUGGGAGAAGCUGGUCCAGGAUUAAAACUUUCCCAUGGAUAAUCUAAAUGUGGAUAGAUAAGAAUUGGCCAUAUGGUGAAAUGAGGUGGAUAGAAAAUGUACUUUUUAAGGAAACUUUAUUUUAGUACCAAAUUUUGCCAGUGACAAUCUUUAGUUAAGAAAGAAAUUAUUCUGAACUAAAAUUCUCAUCUCUGCCACUUUGGUUUUAAAAAAACCCCAUUAUAUUCAUGGAAUAAUAUUUAUAUUUUAAUUAAAACUUUAUCUUAAUUCUGUUUCAUCUAUUUAAAGAAAACAAAUAAGCAGCAUUUUUCAUUGCAUUUAAAAAUGUAAAAUACUUGCAUGCCACCAAUGUGUAAUAUCUUACCAGUUCAGAUGCCUGUAAUGUGUGACCUUAUGUGUACCUGUAUUGUUUUGAAGAGAACAAAGGAAAUAAUACUUUGUAAGCUGUUUACACUUAUAUUGGCAACAUUUAUCUGGCUAAGCAGUUAUUGAUAAAUCCACGUAGUUUCAUUUUUCAUUUUGAAACUUUUCAAGGGUAGACAUUGAUUAUAUUCAUUAGGGAAUUAAAGAUUAAUUUGCCUUUUAAAUGUGAAAUUGAACAUUAUGUGGGAAAUAAAUGUGUAAAAAAGCAAAAUGUAUGAAGCGUGAAAUACUUUUACCAUGAUAAUUAAUAAGGAUCCCAGUCGGCACAGAUAGGUGCAGUGUUUGGCCUUUUGGAAUUUGCCAGCCUGACCUAAUGCUAAGGUAAAGGUAUACUGUUCUAAUUAAUCAAGAUCUUUCUGCUUUCAAAGAUGUAAUGUAUUCAUUUGUGUCUGGAAUGAAAUUUCCAAGUGAAAAUGUACAGAACAUUAGGAAUAAUAAACUUUUCUUUUAAA